UAUUGAUAAUUUUGCCCCUGUGCAAACAAAUGCAUACAUUUUUAAUAACAUUAACAAUAAACCAUGGCUCAGGUUGCAUCUUCAAAGGAAUCCUUGUCACAGGCUCUGCAUAAUAAAAUUGUUCCAAACCAGGAGUAUCUAUUACAAGGUUCAAUUAUUGCAUCUGCUGUUGACCACUUAAUUCACAGGCUUCGUGGUUUAUGCGAUAAUGUGGAAAAUGUUCCAGAAACAUUUCAUGAUUUGGAAGUGUGCAUGAGCAUGAGGCAGCCCAAUCAGCAUGUGCCGUUGCAAGUUCGUGUUCGACGUGCGCUGGACCGGGACGUUCCAUUUCAGUUACGAUACAUUGGACAACCGGAAUUAGAUCGGUCUAGGCCGACUUUAGUGCGGUCAAGUAUUGAUGUGGGGUGUACGUCUACUGUUCUGGAGUUCUUAAAUGAGCUAGGAUGUCGCAUUGAUUUUGAGUACGUUAGCCAAGGUUUCCUGUUUAGAAAAGGUCGAAUGAAGAUAACCGUUGCAAAGAUUCUCAAAAUAGUUCCCGGAAAGCAGCAUGACAGUGAGCCAGUAUGUAAUAGUUAUUUAGUUGAGUUAUCGGUUCUGGCUCCCACUGGUCAGGAUGCCAUUGGAGACGAAAUGCGUAUCUUUGCCGAACAGUUGAAGCCAUUGGUGCAUCUGGAAAAAAUAGAUUGCAAAAGGCUAGGCAAUAUUCCAUAGAACUCAUCUCUUUAAAGCAUUGUCUACAUCUUCUUUAGAACCCAUAAAUAGUCAAGUUAAAAAUAUUUAUACAUAUAAAAAGAGCAUAUACUUGAAAAGUUUUAGAUUUUAAAUAUAUAUACGAGGAUCAUCAUGUUCAACUGGGUCUGACCUACCUAA